AUGUACUCGGAAAAACCGUUCUUUACCAAGCUGAUAAUGAGCGGGUUGACCACCAUAUUAACUUUGGUGUCUGCCUGCUGUAAUGGCUUUGUUAUUGCAGUCGUUGCCAGAUUCAAAUCGUUACGAACAGUUCCAAACAUUCUCCUUUCCAACCACGCUCUGGCUGACUUGGUCAAUGCCAUAAUCUGUGUGCCUCUUUACAUGAUGUACACCGUUUUAGAGGCCAGUUGGUUUCGAGGGAAGACAUUGGCAAUCAUGACAAGUUUCUUUGACCGAGUUUACAUCGCCAUCAACCUUACCUCGCUGUUGGCGAUGAUCGUAAAUAUUUUCCUUGCCAUUUCCUAUGACCUGAAGUACAAAGUCUGGAAAAGCAACAGAAAAGCCUUACUGUGCGUUUUUCUGAUCUGGUUGAUUGGCGUCGUGUUCGUGAUUGUCGUCUCCAUUCCCCUUCUCAACAUAGAUCUUGGAAACGCUCAUGUCACUGAAUACAGAGCGGUAAUUUACGAGCAAGGAAAAUAUUUUGUGGCAUCGUUCAUGGCAUUCUUCAUCAUUUCUGUUGCAAUUCUUGGCUUCUUGACGACUCGCGCGAUAAAAUCGCGGCGGAAAGAGGUAAUUAAAUGACCUAUUCCUGGUCAACUCUCUGCACAUUACAUAUGCCUGAGUUGACGAAGGUUUCCUAAAGGGAUUAUGGUGAAAAGUUUGAUAAAUAUACCUUGUAAAACUAAAGCUACUCGAAGCCUCUUCGUACAGUGAGAUCACCAGCUGGUCUACUAAGACGGGGAAGGGGGGGGUCCGGAAGUCUGCCCUUACGGUGGACUGGUGGGGUUUGCUUUCUUGGCUGACACCAAAAUGUAUACGAUGACAGGAUCGAAAGUUACUAGUCAAUAUGACGUAUUUAAAAUCUUGAAGUAUUUAUAAGCUUAUGUAUGCUCUGUUUUAGAUAAAACUUCUAUGUUAUUCAAGUUUAGAUUUCCAACCCUCCCCCCCCUUCCCCUACCUCUCCACCUGCGCCCAUUGCAGUGUUUUGUUCUGGCUUCCUAACUACCCCCCCUCCCAUCCAAACUCUCCACCUCGUAAUAAUAGACUAUAUGAGUACAGGCAAUGGGGGGGGGAGGGGGGGGAGGGGGGGAGGUGUCGGUAAUGUGCGUGAAAAAGAUCGUAAUGUCGUAAUGUUAUUAUUUUUAUUUUUCAGUGGGCUGAGAUGAACUUAAGCCCUCUACAAGCCGAAGUUCGUUUGAAACGCGACAUUCAAGCUUGCAAAACCAUCGCCAUAAUAAUCGCUACCAACUUCUUUACCCAUGUUCCGGCAAUAUUAUUUGCAAUGGUGGAUCUGGAAAAUGGUUCAUUGGCCCAAUCCUGGCUUGCAUUCUUUGCAGUCUACAUUCACUACCUCAGUAGUGCAUUGAACCCGAUUAUUUACUAUGUACGAAAUAGUCGAUUACAAUCCGCUCUCAGGCAGUUUCUGAAAGAUCCCCUUGGAUCUCGUGACUUAAGAGAGAACGCUGUUAUCAUGAUCAAAGCAAAAACCACGAGUAAUAAUAACGGUAUAGUAGGAACAAAGGACAACAGAGUGGAGCACGCAUGCACAAGAGAACUUGAUCUGCGUGGAGGCCUAACAAGGCGAAAUAUUUCAAAUGAUCAGGAAAACGAAGAGAUCAUCCUUUCCAUAAACACGAUACCGAUCGAGGCCUGGGUUUAA